AUCGUUGUGAAUGUGAUGCGGUUGAUCAGAUAUACUGAAGACUUCCUUUUAUUAAUAAUUAUACAGGAGGAUGUUCCAUCUCUGUUCUACUACAAUGACUCCCAUGUUUUUGGUUUGAGUGUUAUACCAAAGAACGAAUCCAACGAACAUGAUAUACCAACCAAACUGCAGUUAGAGAACAGAUUCUUGGUGGCUGGUACCCUAGAGGAGAUAUUUAUCUUACCCUGCAAGGAAACUGCUCUACGAUGCUCCCAUCAAGGAAUUACAACAAUGAACUUUACAUAUAACCCUGCCAAACCAGCCACUCAGUUUGAGACCUAUUUAAAGCUGACGUUUACCAACCAGAUGAAGAGAGUUGGAUUACUUGACGAAGAAAUGGCCGCGGAUUUUAACUUCACCCAGAUAAAAUACAAUGGGAGAGGAAUUCAUGAGAUAAUCUCCAAACUGGAAAGUGAGAGGUUUAUUUUGCCUCGUGAUAUUUUCCUUGAGUUGAACACCAAGGAAGACGAGCAGAUUACGGGAGGAAAACGCGGGUUUGUAAAUGAGAAAAUCUACCAGGACGAAUAAGCCAAACCCAACCUUGCGCAAUUUCGCCAUUUUAAUAUAAACCGCGAUUUCAGUCUACUAUUGUAUCAAAUCUUGUUCAUUAAGGACAAUUUUAUGUGGUAACAUAAUGGUUAGGACAGAUCUGAUGUUUUUGUGUCAUUGUCUUUUACAACAAUUAACGGCCAUCUUUAAAAUGACUUUUCUAGAUGAAAUUGUCUAAAACAACUCUCAGUUUUCAAGUCUUGUUAAUAAACAAGAAAUAAGUCACAUGUCAGUUCUAGUCCACUACAAUCAUGUCGAGUACAUGAAAUAUAGCAAAGUAUCUACAUCUACAGGCUUUGUAUGAUGUGUUGUAUUGUGUUAUUGUCAGGUUAUUUGUUAAAAUCAGUUUGUACAAUUUUUUUGUGUGGUGCAUUGAAUACAUUGUAAGCUUGUAAUUAAUGUUUAAGUUUUUCUUUUUUAUCUUUUCUAAUUUGUACUGAUGAAUUGAACCUUUAAAUGUAUUGAACAGGACACAAGUUAUUUUUUCUUCUGGAUUCCAUAUUUGUAACUAAUUAAAGUGUAUCAACGCUGAAGUUUUUGUGUGCAGUUUAGAGCAGUACACACUUAGAGCUUAGUUUACGGUACAGUGAAAACCAGAAAACUGAAGACGCAAUUAAAGCAAUAAUUAAGUGUGUUUGAUGUUGUUACAACGCAAAUAGCUUUAGUAUUUAUUUAAUAUAUCACUUAUUGCUAUGUCUCAUGUUAAUUGGAUUAUUUAGAAUCAUACAUUGAGUCUAAAAGUCGUCUUCCUAUUCCAGCGUUUUAUGGUUGUCACUGUAAUAUAAUCUGUUUAUAUAGUCGGACAAGUAGGAUCCAUAAAUGGCGUUACAAGACGCUCGUCUACACUAUACAGAAUGCUUUUUAAAUAGACACAAGAUUUAUUUUAAUUUCUUCUUCAUUUUCCAUAGUUUUAUGGAUUGAACCCUGUUCAGUUCCCUCUCUUACAAAGAUGUAACGGGAAAGUUUCUAUCGACACAGUCGGACGCUUUUCAUUUUAGUCAUUUAGAAGUUGUUUUUUUAUAAUCCGCCUAAAUUUGUAAUUUUAAAAAUGUCGGAAAACUUAACAGUCAAGAUUUAAUAGAUUUCAACUGUUUGGUUUAUUGUGAAUUUAUUUCACAUUCAGCAUUGUAAUAUAACUAGAUAUUAUUAACUAAAUACUUAGUUGACAUUUCUACCUAUGUGUUAAAUAUUGUUAUGAUACUCAUUCAAUAAAAAGAGAACAAUA